UGUGCCACCAGGGAAGCCCUACUUCAUCUUUUUAAGCUUCAUUUUCUGGUGGGUUUCCUCUCAGUGGGGCUGUUGUGAGGAGCAAUCAGAUUGAUACAAGUAAAUCACAGUCUGGUUUAUAAUCUUGCUUAGCCACUGAAUGUUAAAUAUUGUUAGGUUGCCAGUUUGAUUUAGUUUUAAGGAAAGGAAAAUCUUUCUUAAGGAGAGACAAUGUGGUACAGCAAACUAAUACAUAUAGAUUUUGGAGUUGAACAGAUUUGGUUUGAACCCUAGCUCUAUCGCCUAUUUGCCGAAUACUAGCUAGGGCAAGUGAUUUAAUCUUUCUACGUUUUUCUUCACAGCAAUAUAUUCAUUUCCAACCUAUGACUUUAGCUCCUUUUUCCAGAGAAAAUUGAGGUAAACAAGUGUGAUAUCUUUCAAACUUCUGCUCCCAUACCUGCUUGGCUUUAUUUUUAGCAAGACUGAGGAUACAUGACAGUCUGCAUCUGUGUCCCUUUUCUGUGCUCUCAGAGUAUACCAUGCAUACAUCUAAAAUCAUACUUAGCCAACUAUUGAAAGUUCUAUAUUGCUUAUCAUUCAACCCCAUUAGGUAAGUUCCUUGCAAGCAGAAUUUUAUCUUUGUCUUUCUGUUGCUUAAUGCAUAGUGAAAGCUUUAAUAAGUGUUUGUUGAAUGAAGGAAUAAAAACAAAUUUGAAACAAGUUGUUAAUGUACUUGAUUCAGUUUAUUGACUGCCUGUGCAGUGCUGGGUUUUUUACACUCAUCUCGAAUCCUUAAAACAACCAUAUGAAGUGUUGCUAGCUUCACUUCCUAGAUUAGGAAACUAAGGCGCAGAUAAUUUAAACGUGUCCAAGGACCCGAGGUAGAGAACUGUACAUUUGUACAAUUUGUAGUCAUAGGAGGAAGGAGGAAGGAUCUCCUGACAGAAGCUUUGGUCUUACAGAGAGGAACGCAGCAAGUGCCAAGCAGCAGCCUGCCCAGGAGGGAGCAGGGUGAGGAAUUCUGUUUCCUGAUCCUUUUCUUUCCACCCCGUGUCCUGCCAGUGCCUCUCUGGAUGAAAUCAACCAGCAGCUAGAGGGCAAGGGAGCCUGUGGGGUGCAGGCUUUAGAGGUUGGUGCCCUGGGGUGUGGAGCAGGGUGGAGAUGGAUCUGAAAAGGAAAAUAGAGAAUAUCCAGCGCAGUCUUCCUCUUUCUGUCCGUUAGCAUUCACUCACCCUUUGGGCGUAAAGCUCCCGUUCCUAACUCGGGAAACGCAAGGUCCUCUAGUCACUGCAGCCAGUUCAUUCGUGCUCCCCCAUGGAGGCACUGCUAGUGUUCUUUGUGUAACGUAACAGAAAAAAACUAAAACAAAGCUGCUGUAGUCUCUGCGUCUGUAGCUAAUCUUUUGGCUCAAAUUGGUAAUCAUUCCUUUUUUCUUCUAGUACUUAUUUUACAUUCCCCUUACCCUCUGCCAGGUCAGUAGCUGCUUACCAGAUGUCAGGGGUUAUGCUUAUUUUCUCCAGCAAAAAUAUCCCAUCUGGAAUUGCAGGCGUGAUUGGCAUCACCAUCUGGUUAAAUUUGUAGUGAUGCAUAGUCAUGCUCUAAGGUCUUUUGCCUUUGGUCUAGGUAAACAGGCAUGCCAAACGGGGAUGUAAUAGGAACCAACACCCCUGCAUCCUUCAAAUUUUUGAUAGUGGUACUGGUUUGUGAGCUUCUCCAGGGAUGGGGUAUAGUUAUUGGUUUGCUUUCUUUGUAGGGAAACGGGGGAGAGUUCCAAGGGCUUCUUCAUGGCCCUGUCUUCCCUAAUGGCUUUUAUGACAGAACAGGGAAUCAAUGCAGGGAUUUGGCCAGUUACUAAGUAUAUCUAUUUCCACUAAAAUUCUAGGACUAGGGAAAUAACCACAGGAUGGGCCUGUGCUCCCCUUGGACCCACCAUGAGAUACCAGGGUUGACUUUAUCUCUCACCUCCUCUCUGGAGUGAGAUGGGUGCUCUGACUGGUGGACCACGUUUUAGGUCUCCUGGGAUUAGUGUCAGUUCAGAGCUAGUGUGCGGUAACCCUUGGAAAGACUACGCAUUUCUCUUUCCCCAGUGGACAGUCACCCUUGUGAAUGGCUGCUGGUACCUCUUAGGUAAGGUCUGGAGAAAGCUUGGUGGGAUACAUCUGUGGCUGUGUGUAGGGCCACAGCAAUCUUACACUCAGUCCUCCUUGGUCUAACAUCCUGUGAAUGUUAGGCUCCUCUCAGCAGGCUUUGAACUUCUUUCGGGGCUCUUUUGGCACCUAAUUCCCAUUAGGAGGCCAUGAGGGGUUAGUGGGAGUAGGUGGUGAAGAGAAGUGGCAUCCCCUUGUGAAACUACUUGAAAGGGUUUUAUGGGAGGUGGGUUAGGAGGCUGGGUCUUCUCAGAGGGCUGUAAAUUGCUGCUUUCAGCAGACAUGUUCAGCUGAAUGUGGAGUUCAACAUUCUUAGCCUCAUUUGUAUCUGCCCCAGUGCCUGCAUCCAUGAUUUAGGAUCAUUUGACUUUGCAGGGUUGCAUGUUUAAUUGGUUCUGCAGCCCUUAUCAUCAAACUGUGGCUUGAUCCUUAGCCCUGUCAGAUUAGCAGCUAUUAGAAAAAAAGGACUCCUUUAUAACAGCCAUAGAUUUUCCACUCAUCUGUUUGGGAAUUCAUAACUUUCAAUUUGUCGUUUGCUUGGUGCACAUUCUCAGAGACCAUCAGAAGCAGCCGCAGCCCAUGUUACAAUCUUUGAAAUCAACAUUUUCAUCAUCUUCUUGGACUUACAGCACCUUGCUCACCACCUAUACUUCAUCCUGGGACAGGGAAUUUGAGUGAUCUUGGUAUCACUAUGUGCCAGAUUAUCAGUUUCCCCUCCCCUCCCUCUAUAGGAAGGUUAUCAGGAUGCAUCAAACAUGCAUCCCAUUUUUGAGGGUCUGUUUCCUGCGGUCAUUCUUGGUAGCAGUUACUGCAUCAGUCGUGACACACUUGAGUAAUUGAAGGGACUCGAACAAAGGGACUAUUUACUAAGCUGUUGUGGGCAGAGGUGACAGAAGCAGCAGCAGCAGGGCGUGGUGAAGCACCCCUUCUAACAGUGUUUGGAAGCCGUACUACUCCCAGGCCUUUAACUGUAGCUGUGGGAGAGGGGUCACCUGGUGGGGACUGUGGCCUUGGGUGGAGAAACCGCUGCCUGUUAGAAAGGGAGGAGGAGAACUAAAUACCUCCUACCCUUCCAUCUCCUGCUAGUGCCUCGCAUUGGAUGAACCCAACCAGAAGCCAGAGGGCAAGGGCAGGAGGCAGGCUGCCUCAGUGUGAGGUCCACAGAGGCCCGCCUUCUGGGCCGUGCGGGGGGGAGAAGCGUGGUGUUGGAUCUGGAAGGGCAAAUGGGGACCAUUUAGCACUCUUGCCAGACUGGUAUUUCUGGCCCAGAUUUUAGUGUGCGCCUUGAGUGCUGGGCUCUACACUUAACCGCCUGCUGUCCACGUAGGCUGAGAUGUCCCUUGGGCACCUUGUGUGGACAACUUAUCCUUCCCCCCCAGGUCUUUCUCCCUCGUCUGUUCCUGAUGCCACUUAAUGUCAUAUCUUAAUGUCCAUUCCAUAGGGAAGGCCUGAGGCGUGAUGUUCUCCUUUAGUUCUGCUCCUCCGGACCACGCACGGUUGCAUGAUGGAAUUUGAACAUUACCUCAAGAGGUUUUAUGUUUUGGAUUAGCUAAUUGUGUUUGUCCUCUGCUGACUAUUUCUUCGGACUCACUUUUUGGUGUCCUUUUGAGGCAGUAAACUCAAAGGGAUUAUACCAUGGACUACAAGGAAAGCUGUCCAAGUGUAAGCAUUCCCAGCUCUGAUGAACACAGAGAGAAAAAGAAGAGGUUUACUGUUUAUAAAGUUCUGGUUUCAGUGGGCAGGAGUGAGUGGUUUGUCUUCAGAAGAUAUGCGGAGUUCGAUAAGCUUUACAACACUUUAAGGAAACAAUUUCCUGCUAUGGCCCUGAAGAUUCCUGCCAAGAGAAUAUUUGGUGAUAAUUUUGAUCCAGAUUUUAUUAAACAGAGAAGAGCGGGACUGAAUGAAUUCAUUCAGAACUUAGUUAGGCAUCCAGAACUUUACAACCAUCCAGAUGUCAGAGCAUUCCUUCAAAUGGACAGUCCAAAACAUCAGUCAGAUCCAUCUGAAGAUGAGGAUGAAAGAAGUACUCAGAAGCUACACUCUACCUCACAGAACAUUAACCUGGGACCAUCUGGAAAUCCUCAUGCUAAACCAACAGACUUUGAUUUCUUAAAAGUUAUUGGAAAAGGCAGCUUUGGCAAGGUUCUUCUUGCAAAACGGAAACUGGAUGGAAAAUUUUAUGCUGUCAAAGUGUUACAGAAAAAGAUAGUUCUCAACAGAAAAGAGCAAAAACACAUUAUGGCUGAACGUAAUGUGCUCUUGAAAAAUGUGAAACAUCCAUUUUUGGUUGGAUUGCAUUAUUCUUUCCAAACAAUUGAAAAGCUUUAUUUUGUUCUGGAUUUUAUUAAUGGAGGGGAGCUGUUUUUUCACUUACAAAGAGAACGGUCCUUUCCUGAACACAGAGCUAGGUUUUAUGCUGCUGAAAUUGCCAGUGCAUUGGGUUAUUUGCACUCCAUCAAAAUAGUGUACAGAGACUUGAAACCAGAAAAUAUUCUUUUGGAUUCAGUAGGACAUGUUGUCUUAACAGAUUUUGGGCUUUGUAAAGAAGGAAUUGCUAUUUCUGACACCACAACAACAUUUUGUGGGACACCAGAGUACCUAGCACCUGAAGUAAUCAGAAAACAGCCCUAUGACAAUACUGUAGAUUGGUGGUGCCUUGGUGCUGUUCUGUAUGAAAUGCUGUAUGGAUUGCCUCCUUUUUAUUGCCGAGAUGUUGCUGAAAUGUAUGACAAUAUUCUUCACAAGCCCCUAAGUUUGAGGCCAGGAGUGAGCCUUACAGCCUGGUCAAUUCUGGAAGAACUCCUAGAAAAAGACAGGCAAAACCGACUCGGUGCCAAAGAAGACUUCCUUGAAAUUCAGAAUCAUCCUUUUUUUGAAUCACUCAGCUGGACUGAUCUUGUACAAAAGAAGAUUCCACCACCGUUUAAUCCUAAUGUGGCAGGACCAGAUGAUAUCAGGAACUUUGAUGCAGCGUUUACAGAAGAAACAGUUCCAUAUUCCGUGUGUGUGUCUUCUGACUAUUCCAUAGUGAACGCCAGCGUACUGGAGGCCGACGACGCCUUUGUUGGUUUCUCUUACGCACCUCCUUCAGAAGACUUAUUUUUGUGAGCAGUCUGCCAUCAAGAACCCAUUGAGCAAAUAUAAGCCUACAGAUGACAUGGAAACUCCUGUUUGUGUGAAUAUAUUCAAAUAUGUUUAACUAGUGCCUCAUUUUUACAUGUAAUGUUAAAAACUAUGAAAAAUGUAUUUUCUGCUGUAUGCGAGAAAAUAGGGCAUUUCAGAGAACUAAGUUUUGAAUUAAAAUUUGUAUUCUUGUUUAUUAAGCUUAUUUUUAAACAGAAAUUUUAAAAGCUACUGUUCUUAGCAUUAACGUAUUUUUAAAGAAAACUUUUUUGCUAAUGACUGUUUCUUUUUCCCUCUAGGUUUAUGCUAACAUCUACCCAAGAUAGACUGUUUUUUAACAGUCUGUUUCAGUUCAGUUAACAUACAUUAAUGCCUUCGUAGCUCUCUACUUUGAGUUCUCAGAUCACAACUAUGCAAUUGGUACAUGGUUGUUUAAGAAGAAACCAUAUCUUUCCAUAAUGAAUCACUGUUUGACAUUAUCAUUUCUUGGUAGGAUUAAAAUAUAAAAGCAUAGUUAACCCAUUGGCUGCUAGCUAACACUUUGAGUAACUGUCCAUUCUGCAGAUCAAAUUAAGAAGUAACAAAAGGAAAUCCUAUGCUUUUGAAAUACCAGUUCAAAUUUAUGAAUUAUUUUUCCUCUGGAGGAAAAGUAAAAGUUUAAUAGAAAUUUAGAAAUUUUAAGUAUUCCCAAAGCUCUGAAGGGAAAUAAAGUACUGCUGGAUUUUGUUUUUUAAGGCGGUGCCAAAAGCGAAUAUCUCUGUGUCAUGUAUUUAUAUUACCAAUACGUUUUAUUUAUGUUCUUUUUGGUCUUUUGAAUAUUUAAUAUAUUGUUAAGUAGGUCAAAAUCUUGAUAUUUGUUUUUGCAAAUAGCUAUUCAAAACUGUCUUCCUAAUUGGUUGAUAAGUAAAAAAUAUUGCACUGUCUAGAGUAUUUACCUAAUUGGGAACUAAAAAGUAGAAUAGCAAAUUAUGGGUCAGUAUAAAUGUAUACAGUUUUACUACAAUGUAACAAAAGUUAAAAAUAAUUCAGGCAGAUGCAUAGUCAGUAUCUUAUGUAUCUUAGAAAAAGUACAGGAAGCUGACCUUAAAAUCAUACUAAAAACCAACUAACUUGUAUACUUGUAAUUGUAAAAAAGGAUAUCUACAGAAAAACUAAAACUCAUGCUUACCUUGGGAUUCUGAUUCUUAGUUUAGAGAUUUUUCAGGUCUUGUAGGAAACUGUGAAAGAGUUUAGUGACGCAGUUUUGAUGCUUCAGGAACAAGCAUACUUUCCAUGUAUUUUCUCUUGAGAAAGAAAUUACAAAAACUUUUUACACGAAUACCCUUUAGCGUAAAAUUGUUCAGCAGAAGGCAGGGAGGCAGAGUGUACUUUUGUUAGAUUAGUAAUGUUUGCAUCCAAUACACUGAAUCUUCCUUUAGAGGUAAGACUUUAAUAGCGACACUGUAAAUAUUUGGUUUAUUUGGCACUACUGUAAGUUCUGCUUUUAUACAAAGCUCUUUGCUUAUUAUAAAACAAAAACUGUAGUUUCUUGUAUGAUUUUUUUUUACUCAGCUGUUCCUUAAUUAAACUGCCAAAAAUUAAAGUGCAAUAUUGUAUAUUUUUAAGAACAAAUUUUAAAUAGAAUAUUGAUGUUUCUCAGAUCACAGGAAAUACAAAUCUUAUAUAGUAUAAUAAAAACUAGCAAAAAGA